AUGUCCAAACUACUGGUCAUCUGCGGCGCUACUGGCCAACAGGGAGGCUCUAUCGUGGAGACCAUCCUGGGCGACCCUCACCUGUCCAGCCAAUAUCGCAUGCGGACACUUACCCGCGAUCCCAGCAAGCCCGCGGCCCAGAAGCUGGCUUAG